AGGAGCUGCUGCAGCGUCUCACACCGACUCUGACAGAAACACAAACGGAGACGUUUUCCUCCACAGUCGUGACUCACGUUUUUCUCUCCCUGGUUAUUCUGUGUUUUUUGUUUUUUUUUGUGCUCGUUCCUCAGCUCAGCUGCUCCUCCUGCUGACACAAACAUGAGCAUCUUCACUCUGCAGCUUCUUCCUGUGGACUAGAACCAGAACCUUCUCGUCAGCUUUACUUCAACCCGCACUUUUGUCCACCGCUCCCGGCAGGAUGGAGGCGACACAGCAGCCCAACGAGCCAAUCGGCACGCAGCCUGAUGCCGGAGAGGCGGAGCAUGCGGCCGUGACCUCUCAACCCACUGCUGCCGCCCAUGAAGGAGCCCUUUCCCCGACGCCUGAGGACAAACAGACCGAGGAGGGCGGGGCCUUGGAUCACCUGAUUGUAAUCAGUAACAACAUGGAGACCAGUAACGACCUUGCUCCAGCCGCGGUCGACUCCUCGCCCACAGUGCCCUCUGUGUCGCCCGUGCUGCACACCAAGCCUGGCGGUCACGCUAACGGUCAUCCUGGUUUGGGCAGCCGCUCUGGCUCGAUAGCGGCGGGGGCGCCCAGGCCCUCGCUCUCCCGUCGGCCCAGCGCCAUCCCAGAGGCUGUGGUGGACGGAUCCAAGCCCAGGGACUAUCUGAUCCUGGCCAUCCUGUCGUGCUUCUGCCCGCUGUGGCCCAUCAACAUCGUCGCCCUCACGUUCUCCGUGAUGUCCCGGAACAGUCUGCAGCAAGGAAACGUGGAUGGGGCUCGACGUCUGGGUCGGAACGCCAUGGUUCUGUCUGUCGUGUCCAUCUUAGGAGGGAUCGCCAUCAUCGCGGCUGGGAUCGCCUUCAACUGGGGAUUGAUAUUAAAAUCCUGAUGAAAGAAGUUUCAACCACGAGGACGAGGACAUGACAUCAUCUGAACCUUCCCUCACUCCCUCACCCUCCUGAGGACUGAAGAACCCUCACCCUCCUGAAGAACCCUCACCCUCCUGAAGAACCCUCACCCUCCUGAAGAACCCUC